AUGGAUCCAGUCACCGUUCUCUCCAUCGCAGGGUCAGCUGCAACCACUGCCAAGGCCGCCUGGACUGUCGGAGAAGCUCUGUACAUGUUCUUCCACGACGUCAAAGUCAUUGAUCAGACUGUCGGCGGACUGGUCGCCGAGAUCAAAGCGCUGAGUGGUGCUUGCACUCUUGUGGAUGAACGCCUACGCGAUAUUGUGCAGAAUUUCGAUCAUGAAAUUACGAAGCCCAGCGAGAGUCGCGCUAAGCUAUGGGCUUGUGUCGAGGCGCAAGUGGUCGACAGCCAGAAGAGUGUCGACCAGUUGGAAGCAGCCAUCGCGGGCUUGGUGAAAGACGGCUCGAAUGCGUUUGCCCAAGCCUGGAGACAGGUGAAGCUCAACAUGCAGACCAAGGACAUCGGCGAAGCUAGAAACAGGAUCCGGUCUCAUACGGCCAGCUUACAGACUAUCUUGCAAACAGUGGCAAUGCAAGUCGUUCUACCGCUGAUCAAAUAUCUUGCAGCUAACAUGUCGUGUAGCGAAAUAUGCUAUCUCGCACCAAAGAAGGCUGACCAACAGCUUCGUAUGCUACUUAGCCGGACGGAAGAGUGUAUGGAGCAACUAAAAGCCCUUCGACUUGAGCGUGCCGGUACCCCGACCAAGGUGCGAGCCAGCGAGGACGAUGUGCUGGCAUUGAGUGAAGGUAUCACUGUCGACGGUGAGAGCCUCUACAAUAAAAGUCAAGCAAGCGGAUCUCUUCUAGGUGGCGACCAUGGAAUGUCAGGACCCCGAGGCAUCAACAUAGCAGAGUGGAUGCAGGACAUCUCCGCGAUCGAUGCGAUCAUAUCCCGCUCGACCAGUGUCGUACGACAUUCAUCUGUAGCUUCUCCCAGCUUGAACGGUGAUAUCGUUCCUGCCCGCCAACCACCGCUAUCUACAGAACCGCCAGGCGAUACUAGCAACAUCAUGAACAAGAUCGUGGAAGACGCUGGAGAUCACCAAGAAGCAAGCUCUUACCUACGCGAAACGCUCAAGAUCGUUCGCGAGCUACCUGCGAAGCGCCAGAAGAUAUGCGACACGUGGGAUCUACGCUUCAUGCUUAGCGUUUGCGCUUAUCACACCUUGGAGCCCGUCGAAGUAGAAGCCAGUCUUACAAGCGUGAUAGACGACUCGUCACAGCUUGUGGAAAGGCCGGAUGAGCAACUCCUUCAAGUAUGCGAAGCCGGUCAUCUACUGUCGCAGGUCUGUGUCAAGCUGAACAAGCUCGAUCAAGCCAGACUGUACUGCGAGAACGCACUACAAGGUCGGCGCCGGCUCCUGGGUAAGACGAACGAUGACUACUAUAGGUCGGUGGCACUCAUGGCUCGUGUUUACGAACUGCAAGGGAAUGACUAUCGCGCCAAAAUUUACAUGAAGACUGUACCUGAUGCCGAAAGAGAGUCGCUCGAGAGCAUGUUUGGGAACCUCACCCUACCCGAGAUCCAGCCUGUCGCGAUGCAGACUAGCCCGUCGAUAGCAGAGUCGAGCUCUGGCGGCGACGGUGAUGACGUUCGAACACAUGUCGCCAAGAUGAACAGCAUAAGCGCGGCCGACCCGGUCCCUCAAGCCACAGUCAAAGAGAGAAAGCGAUCGUUCUACAAUCCGGCCACAUGGAGGCAAUCAAAGCAGCGAGACGCUGAACCGAUACACAACCCAGAUUCUACACCCUACGCAAGCCGCCAGACAUCAUCCUCAACGCUGCGAACGACAGGCGGCCAUUCAACGCACAGGGCCGCUUCAAUCGUGAGUGACACGACGUCCGUAAGCAGCCGUCAAUCAGAUCUGUCUUCAAAUGACGUGCGAGGUCGACAGUACGCGGAAUCUGUCAGCUCCAUAAGCGAUGUGCCGCUACGCCAGACGGGACUUAGUGGCUCGACAGUGGGGAGGUACGAUACGCGACCACAAAUGGAUCUGUUAUACCGCAGCAGAAGUGGAGCAGCCGGUCUGUCGCCAACGUCUCCGAACUAUCCAGGAGCAUGCAGAAGGAUGAGCGACGCGAGUAGCUUCCGCCAAGUCGAUUGCAAGUACUUCCAGAGUAAAGCUAUGACCGCCGGAUAUAUGCGAAUGAAGCCCAGUAUCAUCGAGGGUAUCAGAGAAGGAGCCUAUGAUCGAUCUCAGGUUGAUCAGAUGCUUGCAGAACGAGCAAGGGCGAUUCGCAACAGCUCUCUUACAGCCGUGCUUGUUGCCGACCAGCAGGAAUCUAUGGCGCAAUCCGGAAAGCGGGAUAACAGUAUCGUACAACUUCACACCAUUUAUGGCCAAAUCCAUAUCGCCUUACGAAGCGAUAUCGACGGCUUGGGCGAGGCAAAGCAGACAUCAAUCAUGAAAGGCUGGGCAAAAGUGGUGAUCAUAUGCCACUCAGGAGUCUAUGAUGGCUGUAAGCUGCAACGACAACGUAUGGAUCAGUGGAGUGCGUACGGGGCGUUCGGUGUCUCGACCGGGAGCAGUCACUCUGGGCCACUGAACUUGCUCAAGAUUCUGCCAGAGCUUGCUAGUGUGCACUUUGAUCAUCAGCACGUUGGCAACAUCAUCCAAGGCGGAGCAGUGGCAAUGUCGAUCCUAGACAAGAGGAGCGGCAUCUCGACUAGUAUGGGCGAUGCAAAGAUUCAGCAGUGCACUGCGACUGUGGAUCCAAGGCUAUUGCAGCAAGCUAACGCCUAG